GUGGUCACGCAGGCGGGCGUGGCCAAAAGUGGGCGUGGCCUCGUUAAACCCCUCCCCUCACAGACGCUGACAGGGAAGGAGAUCGAGAUCGACAUCGAGCCCACCGACAAGGUGGAGCGCAUCAAGGAGCGCGUGGAGGAGAAGGAAGGCAUCCCGCCCCAGCAGCAGCGCCUCAUCUACAGCGGCAAGCAGAUGAACGACGAGAAGACGGCGGCCGACUACAAGAUCCAGGGCGGCUCCGUCCUCCAUCUUGUCCUCGCCCUGCGGGGGGGCGGGGCCCGGCGGUGAGGGGGCGGGGCUCCGCCCACGCCACGCCCACCCUGCGGAGCUCCCCCUACUGGCCCCGCCCCCUGUGACGUUCCCUCUCUCCCCCUCUCCCUGACCCCCCGGUUGAUGAUGUAAUAAAGCGUCUUGGUGAUGUCAUA